AUGGAGUCUAGCUUCAGUUGUUAUCUGAUUGGUAUUGCAUGCCUGAAUACUGAAGAUGACUCCGGUUAUGAGAUACAGACAACCAAGUUCUUUAUGAUUGCAGUACACCACCACCCCACUGGACUGCUUAAGACAGCUAAAAGUGUUGGAUUUCAAUAUCCUACUACAUUAAGAUUAUUCCACAUCGGUUAUGUUCUAGGCGUAAUAUAUGGAUUCUUGUUCUCACUCAUCUUAACAGCGAGAGAAAACUACUACUCAGAUGCUAGUCUAAUCAGUAGCAUCGUACUUGGAGUUAUCAUCUCUGAGACAGGAUUAUUUAUCAGCUUUUUCUGGGGAGUAUAUACUACGAGUUGGACUACUGGUUUAGAUCUUGAAGGUCUUUGUUUACCGGAUCCAAGUUCUCUUGUGCUUUUCAUGACCAUCAUGUUAAGUGCAUUAAGUAUAGUGGUAUCCAGCGUAUAUUUGAAAAACCAACAUUUGUAUACAAGCUGUACGAAUAUCAUGACAUUCACUUUGGUAGUCGCCUUCUUAAUGUUAGUCUCACCUCCAUGUCGGCUCAUUACUCCCUUGUUAUUGAACAAGAUUCAGUUAGGAACGCUAGUUCACCGUCAGAUGUAA